AUGCAGCAAACAGAUCGACAGCAACACCAACGGCGCACCUAUACACCAUCGCUUAAGCCUAAUAAUGGUGGUAGCAACAAUCAUACACCAAAUUCAUCCAUGGCCAAUAUGACGCUUUUCAGUAGCAGUGCCGACUUAUCUAUUACGGGCGGUGUCGUCAAUACUACAGAGCAAGAAGACUGGGAAGCUUUAUUUAAUCCACAUUCAGCUCUACUUGACUACUCCCCGGCUACAGCUCGAUUCCAUUACCAGCAAAGGCAGCAGCAACGGUAUACGGCUACUACAGUCCAACCACUCAACACCAGUAGCAGUGAUAGUUACGAAGAAGACAAAGAUGAAAUAACAACACCACCACUGCCGCGUGCUGAAAAUAUGGUUGUCGAGCCCAAUGCCAAUAACCCACCCCAUUUAAACGGGAUUGAUAUCUUGCCAUGUCCAUCAUCAUCCUUUUUUUAUCCUCCCCAAGAACAAGAUCCAUAUCGAACACAGCUAAUGCAAGAUAUCGAAGAACAAGGUCUUGCAGACCACAACGACCAGUAUCACAAUAAGACGAUAAAGGAAAUCCAAAUACAGCAACAAGAACAACAUUUUCAGGAACAAUAUCAACAACAACAACAACAGAAAAAGAAAUAUGAUCCCGAAUCGACUCCUGAUGAUACAUUCAACAACAAUGUUGAUGACAAUGAAAAAGACCAUGAAUCCAAGUAUCAGCGAUGGUUGCUCUUGUUACAGCAAAAACGGCAGCAUCGACCACGACGUGUGUUUUUAUAUUUCAUUCUCGGCUUUGUGUUUCCACCCAUGUGGAUCGUGGGUGCUGUGCAUGUCCCCCACCAACCAACAUCUGCAGCUAUCGAUUUGCUUUGGAAACGUCGAUGCAGAAAUGCAUUUUUCAUCUUUUCGGUGAUGACUCUUUUUGUGGUGAUCAUCCUGCUCGUUUUCCAACCUGGUUCCAUUGGAUGGCGUCAUAGCCCAACAGGGUCAACGACGUCUAUAGAUGAUAGCAUGAUGGCUGUUUAA